AUGUCAUCAAAACUUUAUGAACUAAACUCAUCAAGAUAUGAGCGGUCAGCGACUCGAUUUCGUGAUUUCGUCCAGCCCUUUGUUCCUCAUCUCUGCUCCGAUUUUCGAAUACCAGUAAUCCAGUAUGCAUCACUCAAGCUCCUCUGGUACAAGAUGGAAUUCGUAGAUGAAUUGGCAAGCUCCAUUCCAUUGUUCCUUGAUCCCCUCGGGCCUCGAACAAUACCGAAUAUCAAGAAUCCUGUUGCCCGUCCUCCCACUGUCCAUUCCACCCAUCCCUUCCCCAUCAUCCUCCCGAUUCAUUCUCCUCAAUUUCAACGUUCAGGAAGCUAUCCUUCGAAGAACCCACCAUAUUUUCUUGCGUCCGCCGCGCAUCCCUUCCGGAUGUUCGGCCGUUACAUGCGUUCCCCGCACACUGCCCUGCACGGUGGUGCACUGUGCACAGAAAACUCCGGUGGGCACGAGCACGCCCACGGAGCGAAGGUUGCCCAGUGGCCAGACAAGGGAUUGUUUCGUGGAAGGGGACGGGAUCCAGGCAGUCAGCCACGCAGGACUCUCCCAAUCAUGAAUCAAUCGCUCGGAGGCCUGGCGGAGGAUUGGUUUGGGGUUCUGAUCUUCUGGAACUUGGAAGAAUGA